CGCUCAUUCGGAACACCCUUCAUGUGGCAGGGAAUAUUCACGUAUAAUAAAUGCAGAAAGGAAACAUACAAAACGCAACCAAAAAAGAGUAAACAGACACGAACCGAGUUCGCCACACUCCUGCAGCUCCGCUAUGGGUAAACCACAAUCAAAACAAUUCGGUCGGAGGCAACUCAAUUUGGGUUAGACCAGGAACAGUACGUGCCAUCCGCUUGGCUGGAGUCGUUGUCGUUGUUAUCAUUGUCCUCGAUGUCGCUGCCUUCGCCAAUGGAGUGCCUGAACCUUUGCGAGUCACCGCAGCAUGAGCGUGAGGAUGAGGAGCAGGAGUUUAGCUUUCGCUACCCCAGCUACAUGUUCCCCGAUGUGGAGUAUAACAAGGACGAUAUACCGCUGCCGUUUAAGGCCACUCCAGACUCGCUCUUUAAUCUGUGUGCUGCUGUCGUGGAUGCCCAGGGCCGCACGGAGGUGUUCAAGUGGAGCAUCCUGGAUGUGGCCGAUUGGCUGCGCGACUUUGGCUAUCCCGAGUACGAACAAACCUUCAAGGAGAACCACAUAGAUGGGCACAAGUUGCUCAGCCUCGAUGCCAUCUCCCUGGUGGCUCUGAACAUUCGUAACUUUGAGCACAUUCGCCAUCUGGGACGCGGCAUCCGAGCUCUGUACCGCAAGGAGCUGCAAACAGCCACGGAGACAAAGCAGCACAGUGAGGUGUACAAAACCUUCAAGGCCCGCACUGGCCGCAGCUACGAGGGAUUGCGCGAAACUGAACUCCUGGGACGCAUGCACAUGAUACGCUCCGUCUUUCGGGACGUCAACGAUUGGGAUAUGAUGGAACUGCACAUGGCUCGAGCUCCCAUCAGACGAUAUCGUGAGGUGCUGGCUAAUUCUAGGCGCUACAAUCUCUACGGACCAUCGACGGCACGCAGGGAGCCCAUAAUCAUGGACGAUGUAGAUGCCACAACUUGGUUUGAUUUUGGCGAUUGUUAUUAGGUUUCUCUAGCUGGAAGGAAGAAUGCAGGAACAUCGAACUAAUUCUAAAGAUUCACUGGAAAUGUUGUCUUAAAA